CGGCUUUUUUCUGCCGGACUCGUCGUUGUACAUCACCGUCUUUUCAGGCUUGUCCAGCUGUUUGAAGAUUCAUCUCUCUCUCUCUUUCUCUUUCCCUCCAACUUGUCUGCACCACAUGCAAUUCUGAGGCUUAGCUUUGCAGAGGAGAAGUUUUCACACUGUGGAGUCGGAUCCUUCAGAGACAUGGGGGAACGAAAGAGAGGGAGAUGAGUGAGUGUGGGGCGGUUCACCCGGAGUUUACUUUUCUGCCAGGCUAUGGACGAGCGGGUGUGAGGGAGUGUGUGCUCAGCUUGUUCAUGAGUGCUGGCUGAGAGAUUGGCUGUUCAGUUAACUGGUGUGGUUCAUGUUUUUGGAGGGCCAACAUCAGUCUGUGAUCAGGAUUUUCCAAGAGCGCAGGAAAAUCAUUUGGGCUCUGGCUGUAACUAAAAAUCAAGCAGUGUCAUAUUGUCGGUGGCUAAUCAUUAUGAAAAUUGUCAUACUCCACAUGUUGGAUGUAUUCUCUCUAGUCAAGCGGUUCGUUAUCAAAAUCGACUCUACCCCUAAGCGGUAGUUUGACCACGAGGAAAAAGUUGUCAAAACUUGUGUGUGACAAUAAGCCUUUGAAAGGCUUCCUUUAGUUUAAGCUUGACACACCAGAGCGUUGACAAGGGAUGGGAGAACCUGCUCUUGGAGUAAUGUUGGCUCCCCUUGUACAACAGUCAUUAUAAAAAUGUCUCGGAGAUCUCCACAUAAGCAAGUGAAGUGCAGUUAGUGUUUCAUCAACGAGUUCAUAGCGGACCAAAAGCGGCUGGUUGGUAGCGUCCUCAAUCGACCCUAAGCACAAGCUCUUGUUUGUUGUGUUGUGAUCCCACAACAGAGGAAAGCCGCGAACCAAGGUCGUAACUUUAAAUCAAGGCCCUAUCGCCAGAUUGAAUUACGCCCUUUCCACCAAGCUUCGUGUCAAGCCCUAAGUCCUCGAACAUUCAUAUUAGAGUCACAGCGAAGCUGGCACUUGUGGCUUAUAUCUCGUUGCUCUCAUUAUCAGGCGGAGCCUUCAACGCCCGACCAAUCGUUAAUGCCUCUCAUUACUCCGAUUUUGGUCCAAGCGCGUGCUGUCAGACCUUUUGUUUGAGUUCGGCUUCAUAAACUACACACUCCAGCAGUGUAAGCAGUAAACACGAAACACAGACGGGGGAAAAAACUACCGAUGACUUUGGCAUACCCUCUGACAAGUUGAGUUGCUCUCCAAGCUAUUGGCUUUCAUGGUGCAGCCUUUGCGACCUCUCCCCUUUCUCCGAGCCCCCCGGUCGGUUGUGUCCUCCGUGGUCUUUCGUCCUCUCUUCCCUUGAGUCUUUGGCGGCGUCCCUGCAUAACCUCUGCUUCUUGUGUUCCCUGUUCACCUCCUCCUCCUCCUCCUUCUCCUCCUCCCACAACAAGCCUUGUUCCUAGGCCAGUUCCAUUCCACUCCCUAGUUCAAUAAAAGAGAAAGGACGGACAAGCAUAUGAAGUAAGCAGCUGCUUCGAGGCUUCAAAUGGAAUAGGCGACAAGUCUGAAAGGAACUGGGAGACGACGAGGAAUAAGACGAAGUGAUCUAAGGAGUUGGGGGGAAAAAGUCGCCGUAGUUGGCAAGAAGACGAAAAUAGCUGAAUUCCCCCUUCCCGCUAUCCAGGUCUAAGAGCUCACUUGCGCUUAUUCAAUUUUCCAAGGAGCUGCUGGCUGCACAAGUUUGUGGACUAGAGAGGCACAAAGGAGCGGCCGGUAAUAAAAAAGGAACAAGGAAGAUUGCGAUUUUUGUGAUAAUAUCGAAGUAAGUCAUCGCCAACGGCCUACGGACGCCGAAAAGCGGGUUCCUGGUGAGUCUCGAAGCUUCUGCGCCUGACACCAAUCAAAAUGUGCACCGUGCUCCAACAGCAUUUAAACCAAACCAAUGGGUUCGUGGGCGACCUCUCUGGCAAAGAGCCAGUGUCCUCGACACCACACCCAUCCUCUUCCAUGGGAGAGUAUCGUUCUCGGACCUUGUCACCUGUGAGCAGGAUGCAACCCAACACCUACAGCUACCUUCAGGAUCUUCCCAAUCUCAAACGCCCUAUCGAUCCCUAUGAUCGAAAGAUUUCCACCCCGACAAUGCACUUCCACAUCCCAUCUUGUGAUCGCGCCUCAAGGCAAAGUGGAUCGUCGUACAUCAAUCAACUGAUGGGAAGACGUUCGAGGUCACACUCAAGGACUGGGAUGCGAGUCCUAGUGGAGCAGAUCCAAUCCAGCACCCCCCGAGCCCGAUCGCCCCACAUGAACAAUGAGGAGCCCAUCAAUCUCUCCCAUUAUCCAGAUGGCCGAGCACCGGAAGAGAAUGAAGAGCGGGAACUGGCCAUUGAACGGGAUGAUUUCCCAGCUCCUCCAUUUGCUUACACGGAUGCUAAACGACGUAGGCAUUUUUCAGAGCCAAGCCGGCAAGGCUCGUCACGAGAGUCGACUCCCGUCAUUUCCAGUGAUGAAGAGGAUGAAGAGGAGUUCCAUGACGAGAAAUUGGAGAAAAAUGAGGCCGAGUUGAAGAAGAUCGAAUCAGGGAUGGGCAAGGUCUUUUUGACCGAGCUUGCUGUUGAGAAGGAAAGGCGAAAGAACCUCAAGCACAAAUUGGUUGAUCCUCGGAGUGCCGCGCGCACCCCGGCAGCCAAAAAGGAGCCGCACUACCGGCUCCGGUAUGAGUCCCCUAUUAAUGCAUCUCCAUCCAGAGUCGCCGACCACCUUCGUCCUUGGGACGACGAAGUGGACGGUAUCAUGUCCAGGCGAUCCAAUCCAACCACACCUUUCCUGCCACAAACGCCAGCUCCGCCGGGACGGGUGGUCUCGCCCAUCAACCCCAUUCGACCCGGGUACACCCAAAAAGCCAGAACACUGCCAUCCCGGUUCUCCCCGGUGUUGGGCUACGAUUCUGGCGGUGAGGGCAGUGCCGGCCCCAUCGGUGAUAAGAACUACAGCACAGAUUACAGCAGCAAUAAGUCGGACAACAUGUCCGACAAGUCGGGUGGAGUGACGCGGAGUCCAAUCAACGGCUACCACCACCCUGCUCCCCAUGAGAACAUUCGAAUCUCGACCACCUACACGCAAGGGCUACAGGCCGCCACCCCUCGGAGCGCGGGCACGGCCUCGCCCGCCGCUGUGACCAAUGGGCAUCAUAACGGUGACCUCAACCGUUCACUUCCAAACAUGUCGCCCUUGCAGGCGCCCAACAUAUACCCACUUCAUUUGCUCUUCACCAACAAUUACCGACUCCCCGGCGAUGUAGACAGGUGCAACUUGGAGAAGCACCUUUCUGAUGCCGAAUUUGACAUGGUUUUCCGCGUGAGCAGAGAGGAUUUCUAUAAGUUGCCUUAUUGGAAACGGUGCGACUUGAAGCGAAAGUAUCAUCUGUUCUAACCUUGCAGUGCACUAACGAUGAUCAAAGUACCCAGCCCACUUGUCAUGGACUGGGUGACAACGACGACGACUGUUUCACAUACGACAAAUUUCUCUCAUUCGCCUCUGUCAUCUUUGUACCUGUGCCUGUUUCGGCACAGUUCACGUGACAGUUCAGUUAUGUUUCUUGGACUUCACCAGCCACAAUGGUUCACAGGCAUAUUCGAUGGAAACAAGAAUUUCUUGGCCAUCUCUGUUUCUUCUCAGGAUCAGAAUGGACCCAAACAGACGUGUUGGGACGUGGACAUUAUUAUCCCCACGUGAAGUGACAAUUUCCAAUCUCUAAAUAUGAUUACCCUCUGAUUUGCCUUCACAUCCCUUUCUUCUCCUUCAGUCUUUUUCGCUCCUCAAUCUGCCUUGCGUAUUUCAUUUUUAAGUUUUAAACUGGAUCAAGGAGCGCUUCAUUAUCCUGCAACUUCAGUUGAUUCUACUGCUUUGACUCAAUUUGUUUCUGGAAAAUGCAUUUUGUCGCCAUAUUACAUACAGUAAGUUACUUGGCCGGUUCCAAAAGGUUCAAGAUAGAGCAAAAUCAGGUUGCUCUUUUUUUCUGAAAUUCACUUUGUGCUGCCACCAACAACCAAUUAUCAUUUUUAAUUUUUACGCGUCAAUCAACCAAGAACUCCCAGUGAUAAUGAAUUAGAAAAUCAGUCAAGAGUGCUGAUGGACGAGAGGAGAUUGGUUGAACGUCGAUGAUGAAGGUGAUUAUUGUAAUAAUCUUGCGGUACUGAAAACAGUUGAAGCAGUAGAUUCCAUUCCCCAUUCUCUUUUUCUCAUCUUUGACGAUCCUAGUUGCCUUAGACAUACAUCUCUUUACUGAACAGGAUUUGUUUUCUGAUUGAUAUUUGAUGAUUACGUCUGUUGAUUCAACUCAAUUAUUACCAACAAUCCUUGUCUUCUGUCAAAUACAAGUUUAUUAUUAUUGCCA